AUGAAGAGAGAGAGGAAUAAUACAUUAUCAAAUGGGAAAGGAAAGAGAAAAAAAAAUGAUAAUAAUAAGAAUGAUGUUGAUAGUGAAGUGGUAGAUGGGGCGGGGGCCACUAAAGGAGCAGAAGCUUCAGGGCUAAAAAACAAAGAACAAAAAUCGGAAACAAAUGUUGAGAAUUUUAAUCCACAGUUGAGUGCAAGAGAACUGAGAAAAAUACAGUACUAUGAAAAGAUGUUUAAGAAAAUGGAACAGAAAAGAGAAGAACAUAAAAGGGAAGAACAUAAAAGGGAAGAACAUAAAAACGAGGUAGAUAGCAAAGACAAGAAGAAAACCAGCAAUGUAAAAAGGACGAAAAAGGAAAGAGAGAGGACCAGUAAGGGAGGAGAAGUAGAUGAAAUAGAGGCAGCAGCAGAGGUUGGGUCAGAGCUAAGCGCAGAAGGAGAAGAAGUAGGAGAGGGAGAAGACGAAGAAGAUGAGGAAGAUGAAGAAUAUGAGGAAGAUGAAGAAUGUGAAGAAGAUGAAGAAUAUGAGGAAGAUGAAGAAUAUGAGGAAGAUGAAGAAGAGGUGAAAAGAAAAUGGAAGGAAGGCUUCGGUGCUAAGAAAAAUAUCGUUAAAGAAAAGUAUAAGGUUGAAGGAGAAACUGAGAAGAGGAAUAGACAAAAUGAUGUAGAAAAAACAUCAAAGGAUACGAAAAAUGCAAAAAUUGCAGCUCCAAAAAGAAUUCAAACGAAUCAGAAAGUAAAGGAAAGAUGCACGUAUACAAAUUCAUGUGGUAAGGAGAAAGAAGUUGAAACUAAUUUGAUGACAUCCAAUUUUGUACUAACGAACUCAUCAUCUUGUGAUGGUUCAGGUGAGAAUAAAAAUAAAUGGAGAAAAAUAGAAAAUUAUGAAAUAAGAAUGAGAGAAGAGCUAAAUACGAACAAAUGUAUGAAUUCUAAAGUUGAUGAAAUAGGAAACAAUAAAGCGAUUAUGAUGAAAGGAAAGAAAUGUGUUCAGAAUUUAAAUAUGCUAAUGAGUGACAAUGAAAGCGUAGAAGAAAAGAAAUUGAAGGAUAGGAAAAAGGCAAUAUGUACUGAUAGUCAAAACGAACAAAGUAGUGAUUGUUCAACGUACAUACAUAGCAAAACUAAAAUUGUAGAAAUAAGGAGAGUUAAUAAGAUGAAAGAAGAAAAUAGAAAAUGUAGUAGAAACAAAAAGAUGAGUCAUGAAAGGGAGUACGAUUCAGACCAUGCUGUAAAUUAUGAUAAUUCAGUAAGUGAGAUAAUGUUAUUCGAAAUGGAAAAGAAAAGGUUGACACAGGAGAAGACGCAGAAGCUGACGAAAAAAAAGAGUACAAAAAGUGAGAAAAAAAAAAAAUGUUCAGAGGUAGAGAAGAAGAAAAAGAGGGUCCUAAAGAUUAAGAGAAAUUUUUCAGUGAGUUCAAAUAUAAAUGAAUAUUUUUUUGACUCCAGUUCUAUACAUCUAGUGAGUGAUAACAACGCGAGCGCAUAUGAAAAAAAAUUCGAUCAUGGAGAGGACGAUGAGAAGAAAUUCCCAAACUUUAAUAAUAAAAAAAAAAUGUUAUUAAAUUAUUUAACGAACACAAAUGAUGAUGGUGAUAACAAUAAUGAUAUUAGUCAAGUUGAUGGAAAUAUUGCUAGCAGUAGCAAUAAUACCGAAAGGGAGAAUGUCCAUUUUGCUUACUCUGAGAAAUUCCUUGAAUGGAAAAAUAAAAAAAAUGACUUUUCAUUCUCGCAUUCGAACAGCAAAAAUAUAAAAAGAAACAAAUGGCACAUUAUACAUAAUUAUGAUAAACCUUAUGUCGAAACAAAUGAACAAUUUGAUAUGUAUCUUAAUGGUAAAGAAAAUUUUAUAGAUGAACAUAUGAAUAGCAAAUCAAAUAGCACAGAAUAUUUUGUUCAUAGAGAACUAAUAACCAUGAGGAAAAAAUCAUUUUGCGAAAAAAGUUUCAAUAUGAAAUCAAUUCGGCAUAGUAAUGUAAAUAUUAUGAAUGUUAAUAAAAAAUAUGAUGUAAAUUGUUGUAUUAAAAAAUACUUAAAUAAUAUGAAAUAUACAAAUUUAAAAAAAUUAAAAAAAUUGAACAGAGAUAAUUUAAAAUUAUAUGUAAAAUGUUGUACCAAUUUUUUAAACUUUGAUAAAAUGGAUAGCGCCAUUUUGUCCAUCCGGAAAUUUCAGGAAAUUAUACAAAAGGAAUUUAGUGUCGAAUCGAAAUUCCUUUGA